AUGAAAUUAGUUUAUUUAUUAUUAAUUUUAUCAAUAAUUUCAAGUUGUUUUGCAUCAAACAAUUAUCAAUGCAAUAAACAUGACCCAAAUAACUACUGUAGUUCAAUAGAAAUUGACCAAAAGGUAAUUGGAACAUGGAGUGCUCAUGAAAGAGGUGGCCAAACUUAUACCCAAUAUGACGUUUAUGUUAGAAACAAUUUAAGUUUUGACGUUAAACAAGUUUAUAUUUAUUCAGAUUAUACCCUUCGUUUAAAGGAUAGAAGAUCAAUUUGGAAUAUAGAUCAAAAUGAAGAAACCCAUUAUUUAACAUUACCAUCAUAUCAAUCAUCAAUAGGUCCACACAGUUUCUUUGUAUUUGGUAUGAUCCUCCAAGGAAAAGAACAAGCUAAUCUUACAUUAGAUCAAAUUUCAUUUUAA